AUGUCGCAAGAAAUAAUUAUACCAUUUGAUGAGAACAUAGUUCGACUACCAUCAUGUUUAACCGUUCACAAACAACUUCGCUUCGGUUUAAAUCAAUUUACAACGGAAGAAUAUGCAAGUCUUAUGCAAAAACUAUGUGAAACAAAACAGUCUCGUAUCUGUGGCAUCGUACGAAAGGAUGGAUUGGAAACGAUUGUUUUAGCUUUGGCAUUUUAUCGUGCACAUCCAACAACCUAUGAAGGAAUUCGUUUUGAAGUUUAUGACUUAACUGUCGACGAAAAGGAGCGUAAUCAUGGUCUAGGCACACGUCUUUUGCAAGAUUUAAUUCGUCAAGCGAAAGAAUGCGGAGCGCCAUCGUUAGUUUUACAAUGUGACUUGACGAAUACUGAUGCGCAUCGGUUCUUUUUUCGACAUGGCCUUGGAAUUAGUUCGUUUACAUUUUAUCUCGAUAAAAUUGUGCAAGGAAAAACUCAAGAUCAAAUCAAAAUUGUUGAUAUCAGUGAUUUGGCUAAGAACGAAGAUAUCCUAAGUCGAACCGAAGAUGUUUUACAACAAUUUGGGCCGGGUUUAUCUUCCGAUGAAACAGCUUAUGCGGAUCAAAUUCGUAAUAUUUGUCAAACAGGUCCGGCUCAUAUGUUAGUGGCGAUCAGCAAUGAUGAGAAAAAAGAUGUUCUUGGUGUAGCUAUUUAUCGACUAUCUCAUCAUUUGAAAUAUUCACAAUUUAUCUAUUGUGAUGAUUUAAUUACCGAUGAGAACAAACGAAGUUUAGGUGUUGGUCGAGCGUUGAUGAAUGCAAUGAAACACGAAGCAGAAAGGCUUGGUUUAAAUCGAAUAGCAUUAGAUAGUGAUUGCCAACAAGGUCGAGCCCAUAAAUUCUACCACCGAGAAGGUUUCCGUAUUGAUCAAUUUGAAAUGACUAUUAUUUUCAAAUGA